AUUCUGAGCGGAUCUUUAAUAUGACUCGGGAACACCGAGUUGUCUCAGAGAGUGACUCAUUCAUUUUUCACUGCAUCCCCAUCGGUUCUGUACCGGAAACAGAAAUGAUUAGUUCAUGUCUCGAGUCUUCGGGUUCGAGUCGUUCGUUCUUCCGGUGACCGCCACAUAGGCAAUGCACCAUGAAGUACCGGAAACGGUAUGAACGAACUACUCGAACCUGAAGACUCGAGAGGUGAACUAAUCAUUUCUGUUUCCAGGGAACAGACAUGACAAAUGAGACGUGACAAAAGAAAGAAAAAAAUCGGAUCAGUAGGUGAACUAACACACUGCAUCGCCUGAAGACCAGCGAACCUAUUAAUGAAUCAUUUCUGUUUCUCAUAAUUGGCUAUAUUAGCCUAUAGUUUAUUUUACAGUUUAUAAAGUACUAGAUGUGUUCGGGAAUUUAACAUGUAACAUUUUAAUUAUAUUCUGCUGAAAUGAACGACAUGACUCGUAAAAAUAUUCGUUAAUUUUGCUGAACGAGAUUCAAAGAUCCGAGUCAGUAAAAUGAUCCGAACUUCCCAUCACUAGUGUACAGUAGUGUAUAAAGUAUUUAAGUGUUUACGUCAUGCACUAAGGCGGGGUCAGCGCUACAUCCCAAACAGCAUACUAUUCAAUAGAACAGCGCCUCUAGCGCCUCUGUUUAGUGGUAUUUAGUGACACUCUUCAGUGCAGUAGUGUGUGGUUUGGGACGUGGCCAGAGUGACUGAGGGAGGACUGUUUAUUUCAGCCUGGUUUAAAUACAGCAGCAGUAGUGCAGGAGACGGGCAGUUCGGACGAUGGACUGAAGUGUUGCCUGAUGACCACAGCAUCGUAGAGAGCUUUCUGCACUGUAGAGUCGGACCAUGAAUUACGUGGGACAGCUAGCCGGUCAGGUGUUUGUGCAGGUGAAGGAGCUAUACCGAGGCCUUAACCCAGCCACCUUGUCUGGCUGUAUAGAUGUCAUUGUGGUGCGUCAGCCUGACAGCUCCCUACAGUGUUCACCCUUCCAUGUCCGCUUUGGCAAGAUGGGUGUUCUGAGGUCAAGGGAAAAAGUGGUUGACAUAGAGAUUAAUGGAGAGCCAGUAAGCCUACACAUGAAACUGGGGGAGAAUGGUGAAGCCUUUUUUGUCAGGGAGACUGAGAGUGACAUGGAGGUGGUACCAUCCCAUCUGGCCACAUCUCCAAUAAUGACUGAUGGCUUAGCAUUGUUGGAAUCCCAGAUGGGGAAAAGUGUCUCUCGUCUGAUUGAGCCUAUAACUGGAACGUCCAUCCAAUCUGUUGGCCCCCCAGGAGAGAAUGGUAUGAAGAAGAGGAGGAAGAGGAGAAAGAAAUCCAAAUUAGACAGUCUGAAGCGAGGGGACAAUGGAGACUCAGAGAAUGAGGACAUGUUUCCCAUUGAUUUGAGUUCUGAUGAAGACACAGACACCACACCUAGCAGAGCUAUGUCAUAUGACCCAUAUGCUGAACAGGUGAAUAGUGGUCCAUCCAGUAGCUCCUUCAUGCAGAGCAAUGAGUACUCACAAUGCAAUAAAGCUUGGACAAGUAUGCAAAGAACAAGUGUGGGACAAGCCUGUACUCUGUCUGUCCCAAUGAAUGGAGGUCUGUCCAUCUCUUGCCCGCAACAAUCAUCCACAUUUCCAGAUACAAUCAGUAUGGGACAUGGCUUUUUGCCUUCCACACCCAAGAGUGACUCAGAGUUGCUAGUCAGACAGAUGACCAAGGAGAAGGCAGAGAACCCUGAGAUGCUGUGGGCAUGGGGAGAACUCCCUCAGGCUGCCAAGCCCAUGUUCAAGCAGUCCAUCACAGAGCCCAUGGUGGUGACUCCAGCACUGAUCCCCAUGUCAAACAGCACACACUUUAGGGCUAUCACAGGAGAUGGGAUGGUGAAAAAAGUGGAGGAAAAACCUAAUGUACUCGGGGCUGAAGAGGUAGCAGCUUCAGCAUCUGUACUUGCUCCAUCUAAGGAGGUGGAAGUCAUCGGUGCAGCAGCUCGCUAUAUUGCCGAUCUGGAGGAUGAACAGAGUCCUGGGUUCCAGAUCCACAGUAAAACUGACUCUCCAUCAAAAAGGAAAGACAAAAGAAAUCAUCAUCUUGGAUCAGAUGGUGUUUAUCUGGAUGACCUUACAGAGCUGGAGCCUGAAGUAGCAGCACUCUAUUUUCCUAAGAAUGAUGGCACAGGGUUAGUUAGGGAUAGGACAGAGAUGAGGAGUGCCAGUCAGUCGCCUCAGUCAAUGGGAAGCAGUGGCAUGGAUAGCGGAGUGGACAGCUUUUCUGAUCAGUCAGGAGAGAUGCCCAAUAUUGCCAUUUCUCUUUGUGGAGGAUUGGCAGAGAACCGAGACAUCACUCAAGUGGAGUUUGAGGAAAAAGCAGUAUCUUAUCAGGAGUUUGCUAAUAAUCCAUCAAUUAUUGAUGACCCUGAUCUGGUUGUAAAGAUUGGAGUCAAGUAUUAUAACUGGAGUACAGCCGCUCCUCUUGUGCUGGCUAUGCAGGCUUUCCAGAAACCCUUGCCAAAGGCUGCAUUGGAGAACAUUGUGAAGGAGAAAAUGCCCAAGAAAGGUGGACGUUGGUGGUUCUCAUGGCGGGGGAGAAACAGCAGCUCUAAGUCGGAAUCUGCUGAAAGUGGGGAGCAGACACUAAGCAAUAGGUUAAAGGAUGAAUCAUCCUCGAGUGAUGAUGACAGCAGACCUGCUAAGCAGAAUUCAGCAUGUAGUGAGACAGAGCCUCUUCCCAGCUCCAGCAGUGUCUGUUACAAGAAGACUCUCCGCCUGUCCUCAGAAGAGCUGGCCAGUCUGCAGUUAAAAGAAGGCGCCAAUGAUGUGGUAUUCAGCGUCACAACUCAGUACCAGGGCACCUGUCGUUGUGAGGGCACCAUUUAUCUGUGGAACUGGGAUGAUAAGAUUGUCAUUUCAGAUAUUGAUGGCACAAUCACCAGGUCAGAUACCCUUGGACACAUUCUGCCAACACUGGGCAAAGACUGGACCCAUCAGGGUAUAGCCCGCCUCUACCACAAAGUUAGCCAGAAUGGCUAUAAGUUUAUGUAUUGCUCUGCACGAGCAAUUGGUAUGGCUGAUAUGACAAGAGGCUACUUGCACUGGGUAAAUGAGAGAGGCACCAUGCUACCUCAGGGUCCUGUUCUCCUCAGCCCAAGCAGCCUGUUCUCUGCACUACACAGGGAGGUCAUUGAGAAAAAGCCAGAAAAGUUCAAAAUUGAGUGUCUGACUGACAUCAAGAACCUUUUCUAUCCAAACACAGAGCCCUUCUAUGCUGCUUUUGGAAACCGUGCAACUGACGUGUAUUCAUAUAAGGAGGUGGGAGUGCCGCUGAACAGGAUCUUCACUGUGAACCCUAAAGGAGAGCUCAUUCAAGAGCAUGCUAAGACCAACAUAUCAUCAUACAGCCGUCUGUGUGAGGUGGUCGAUCACAUCUUUCCAUUGCUGAUUAGAGGCAAUACAUCUGACUUCCCCUGCUCAGACACCUACAGCCAGUUCACUUAUUGGAGAGAGAAGCUACCAGAGCUAGACAAGCAUGAUCAGAAUGUGGAAAAGAGCUGAGGGGAUUGACAUGUGGCCACAGGUUUUCCCUUACUGAAAAAUAGCACAUUUCUAAUGCAACCUUGUCAUGUCUGUCCUCUCACACACAAAUAACAUGACCCUUUUUAGUAACAUUUGAUUUAUACUCAUAUUUCUAUUGGUAUCAACAUCAAUAGUUUCAAUGUCAAUUGUUUCAAUUAUUAAUUUUUAUGUUACAGUUACAGUAGCAAUUCUGUUAUUCUAUUAUAUCCAUUACUCAAGCAAUUGGGAUGUCAAUCUUAAAGCUGCAGUAUUGAAAUUUUGACUCUCUAUCACCAUCUCUGUUUGAAACAUAAAACUGCAAGUUACUUGUGGGGGUUUUUUUUGUUUGUUGUUUUUUUGGGGGGUUUUUUUAUGUGGAUUGCGCUUCGGCACUGCUUCUCUGUGCGGAUGAAUCUGAUGGUCUGAGAUAUACAUAUGUGUUGUACAGUGGAGGAAAUGAGUAUUGAAUGUGUCAACAUUUUUUUCAGUAAAUAUAUUGCCAAUGAGAUUAUUCACAUUAAAUUUUCACCAGACUUUGGUAUUAACUCAAGAAAUCCACACUUAUAAUGAAAUCCAAGCAUUAAUGUCCAUAAAUGAAGUUAUGUGUAAUAAAGUGGAAUGACACAGAAAAAAAGUAUUGAACACGCUAACUGAAAUUUAUUUAAUACUUAGUGGAGAAGCCUUUGUUUGUAAUGACAGCUUCAAGACACUUCCUGUAUGAAGAAAUUAAUGGGCCGCAGUAUUCAGGUAUCAUUUUGGCCCAUUCUUCUAAAAAUAUUGUCUUUAAAUCUUGUUCAAUUGGAUUGAAGUCAGGUGAUUGACUGGUCCAUUUUAACAACUUGAUUUUUUUUUCUCUGAAACCAAUUGAGAGUUUCCUUUGCUGUAUGCUUUGGAUUGUUGUCUUGCUGGAAGUUCACCCAUGUCUCAUUUUCAUCAUCCUGAUGGAUGGCAGCAGAUUCUUCUCAAGAAUCUCAGGUAAAGGAUUCCUUCAUCGUUCCUUCAAUUAUAUGAAGUCUGCCAGCACCAUGUGAUGAAAUAACCCCACACCAUGAUGCUUCCACCUCCAAACUUCACUAUUGGUAUAGUGUUUUUAGGGUAAUGUGCAGUGCCAUUUCUUCUCCAAACAUGGUGGGUAGUAUGACACCCAAAAAGUAAAAUUUUGCUCUCGUCUGACCAGACUACACUCUCCCAGUAUUUCAUAGGCUUGUCCAAAUGAGUUGUAGCAAACUUUAAACGAGCUUCAACAUGCCUUUUCUUUAGUAAUGGAGUCUUGCAGGGUGAGUGUGAGCAGUGGCGUGCAUUGCCUAUUGUUUUCUCUGUGAUGAUGGCACCUGCUGCCUCCAAGUGUUUCUGGAGCUCUUUCCGAGUGGUCCUUGACUCUUGGGCUACUCUUCUGACUAUUCUUCUGACUCCCUGGUCAGAAAUCUUGUGAGGAGCUCCUGUGCAUGGCCAGUUGAUGACGGAGUGAUAUUGCUUCCACUUGUGGUAAUGGCCCCAGUGAUGCUUACUGAAGGAUUCAGAAGUUUUGAAAUAUAUCUGUAUCUGAUUCAUCAAUAUGUUUCACAACAAUAAGGUGGUGAAGGUCUUGGGAGAGCUCUUUGCUUUUACCCAUCAUGAGAUGUUUCUUGUGUGAUACCUUGGUAACGAAAAGCCUUUUUAUAGACCAUUAAUUUACUAACCCAACUGAUAUUAAUUUGCACAGAGAGGAGGUAUAAUUACUUUCUGAUUUCAGCUGGUUAACCCUAACCCUUGCCUUACCUUGUCUUGAAGAACUGAUUUUUCUUAGCGUGUUCAAUACUUUUUUCCCGUGUCAUUCCACUUCAUUACACAUAACUUUAUUUAUGGACUUUAAUGUUGUGAAUUAUUUAUAUUUCCAGGUUUCUUGGGUUAAUACUGUUGUCUGGAGAAAAUUCAUGUGAAUAGCCUCAUUGGAAAUAUAUUUACUGAAAGAAAUGUUGACGCGUUCAAUACUUAUUUCCCCCACUGUAUAUUAGCUCCAAUACUUGCCAACAGAGGUGGUGGCGGAUACAGUUUUCUUGCAGUAGAAGUGAGUUGCUCUCUCUCAUAGCUAGCAGAAAAUAAGCGCAAUUUACCAUAUUGGCCAUAGCAAAAAAAAUAAUAAAUAAAAAAAACACCAGGAAACACAAUAUCUAGAUUAAUCAAGCUAAAAAGUGCGUUAAUUUUGCUAGCUACCUAUUGAGCCACUGAAAUAUCUUACCUGUUCAACAGAGAAAAAUCCCUCUCUGCAUCAGUAUUCAAUCUCUUCAGAUCUCUCAGUUACCACCACCUCUCAAAAGCCAUGGCGAUAUUUAUUGUCAUUUUAACACAGGCUCUGUCGCUUUCCAUUUUUUACUGCAGGCUCUCCGCAAUUCGAGGCUUCUUCGUUUUGACAACAGCUGAUUCUCCAGAUUUCAGAGAUGAUUGCGUUUAGAACCAUCCAGAUUAAAAGCAGCCAUCUAGAUGACGUUUAAAUUAUAAGCAAGUCUUGUAAGGAGAAACUACAAACACGCCACCAUCCUCAGCCCCCAUACGCGAUAUAGUAGCCGGUUCUUCUUCUUUCUGUUUAUGGACGUGAUGUUACCAUGCAAAUUUCGUAAAACUGGCGUUUCCUGCAAAAUCUGACCCGACAGCUCAAAUUAUAAAUCAUUAUAAGCUUACCGUUGCGAAUCUGGGUAUGCUAAGAGGACAGUUUUGAACACUGAUUUUUUUACAUACUUGCUCAAUAAUUGAUUUUUGUUCAUUUUUAACCAAAAAAAGUUCAAUAUUGCAGCUUUAAUUUGUGUUCUGUCAAAGCAUAUUACCCAUAUUUUUACCUGUCUAGUGAAAAUUAAAACAUGUAUGACUUCCUUUAUCUCAAUGGCAAUAAGACUGAGCUCGCCGCUGAAACUAUGUUUAACAAAUCUAAUCUCAUAGCCCUUCACAUUGGCUAUUUCUGUUUUAUAUGCAACUUUGUCUCACCUACACCCUCUGAUCCUCUACUCAUGUCUGAUAUUAUUAGAAUAGAUUUGACUUCAUGUGAGGAAAAUGGGUUAUACAUCUUGUAAAACUGUAAUAUUUAAGUAACAAAUGUGAAGUAACAUUUUGUACUGAUAUUAAUGACUUACAUAAAGAGGAUGCUGGAAGUCUGUGGUACUCUCUCAGGUUUAACACCAUUUAUAUUUAGUUCAGUAAUUACAGUAUAUCACAAACAUUAUAAAUGCAACACCUGUGCCUGAUUGAAACUGUUCAGAAACAAAUAUAAAUUCUAGUCCACAUUAUAAUUAUG